AUGGAUUUUCUAUCUGUAGACUUCAAUGGAUUUUCUAUCUUUCAUACUCGUUACUGCCCUCAUAACUUUAUCAAUCUCCAUUAUCGGUAUACAACUAUCAAACAGCUGGGAGAUGGAACAUAUGGUUCUGUCCUCCUGGGAAGGAGUAUUGAAUCCGGGGAGCUUCUUGCCAUUAAGAGGAUGAAGAGGAAGUUUUACUCCUGGGAGGAAUGUAUGAAUCUUCGAGAGGUUAAGUCCUUGAAGAAACUCAACCAUGCCAAUGUGGUGAAGCUAAAAGAAGUUAUCCGAGAAAAUGAUAAUCUGUACUUUGUGUUCGAAUACAUGAAGGAGAACCUUUAUCAGUUGAUGAAAGAAAGGAAUAAAUUGUUUCCAGAAUCUACUGUCAGGAAUAUUAUGUAUCAGAUUCUUCAAGGGCUUUCCUUUAUACAUAAACAUGGAUUUUUUCAUAGAGACUUGAAACCUGAAAAUCUCCUUUGCAUGGGACCAGAACUUGUGAAAAUAGCAGAUUUUGGCCUUGCACGAGAAAUUAGAUCCAGACCUCCCUACACAGACUAUGUAUCCACGAGAUGGUACAGGGCUCCAGAAGUGCUCCUGAGAUCCACUAACUAUAGUUCCCCCAUUGACAUCUGGGCUGUUGGUUGCAUAAUGGCCGAGGUUUACACCCUGAGACCCCUCUUCCCAGGUUCCAGUGAAAUUGAUACGAUUUUCAAGAUUUGCCAAGUGCUGGGGACACCAAAAAAGAACGACUGGCCUGAAGGCUACCAACUUGCAAGCAGCAUGAAUUUCCGUUGGCCACAGUGUGUACCUAACAACCUGAAGACCCUCAUCCCUAAUGCAAGCAGUGAGGCAAUACAGCUCAUGAGAGACAUGCUGCAAUGGGACCCCAAGAAACGGCCAACAGCAAGCCAGGCACUUCGCUAUCCUUACUUCCAGGUUGGCCAAGCAUUGGGCACCUCUCGCUGUAUUCCGGAGCUUGGAAAACCACCAAGAGACCUUCCUGAUAAAGCCCAAGUCCACAUGAAGCCCAUCCCUCCUGCAGAGCCUCCUCCUAAGCCACACAUUCGCCUCUCAUCUAGACCAUUCCAAACAAACCAGCCCUCCCAUCCCCUGAUAUUCCCAUACAAAUCUGACUCUUCUGUGAAUGGUCAUUUAAGGGAUGACAAGCCCAACCAGGUGGUGCUGCCAAACAUUCACUGUAAAAUUCCUCAGCAGAAAGCAGCCACUGAGACUGAGCAGACAAAUGGUGAGCUGAAGCCAAAGCACAGGCAUCAGUGGGGACAUGUUACUGGAACUCUGAAAGCUUCUGAGGGCCGGGAGGACUUGGAAGGUUUGGAGGAAGGUUCUUCCCUCCCCAGAACAGACUUCCAAAACAAAGGGCAGACUGAGGAAGCUCUUUGUAGAUUUGAAAGUAUUUUGGAACUGAAGCCUUCAUCCUGCAUUGGCACUGGCAAUAGCGCACCUUCCUACCUUCGGCAGGACACGCCAACGUUACAAGUUUCUGCAGCCAAACAGCAUUACUUGAAACAUUCUAGGUAUUUACCUGGUAUAAGCAUAAGAAAUAAUUUAGUAUCCAGUUCAAGCAAAGAUUCCAUCCCAUCUCAGCCAUGGCCCAGUUCUAAUUUUCCUGGAAAGACCACCACAGUGGCAGGAGGGAUCACCACGCUGAAUUCCAGUCACACAGGACCAGGUGGACUGACUGGUGUUUACAUCCCUUCCUUUCUGAAAAAAGAAGUUGGCUCUGCUGGCCAGAGAGUUCAGUUGGCGCCACUCAUUGACCUGCCCUCUACUGAUCCGUCUUCUCAGUAUGCUUCUCUGAAGUCUGUCAGACCUCAUAUUGGGAGGCCGUCAUUUAAUAUACCUAUGAGAAACACACCUGGACUACUGCCACGCCCACCCAUGGUCCAGCCAGUUCACAGACGAAUUGACUGGUCUUCAAAAUAUGGCGCUCACCGGUGAACCUUGAGUUGGGUGUCCUUUUUGUGGAACAGUGACCAGUGCUGACAUCACCUCUGAUAACAUUUCAUAAACCAGCAGCUUUACAGAUCCUUAUCAUCUAUGACCAAGACAUUUUAGGACUGUUUCAGGAAUACAUAUAUUUUAGUUGUAUGUAUUUGAAUGCAAUAUUGUACCUGUUUUGUAUGGUUUUUAUUAUAUGAUGGGAACAGUUAUUUUCAUAGAACCAUAAACAUUUGUAUAU